AUGACGGAGGGACAGUUGCAAUGUGCAGGAUAUUCUGUGUCGGAAAAUUGGAAAGUUCCGCUCGCACUGCAGAUAUAUUGGAAACCCGUGAUCAUUAUGGUGUACGAAGCGAAAGUGGUCAAUGAACUGAUCAUCAAUUUGCUCAGCCGAUUUUCUUUCGACGACAAUUCAACGCAAGCAGAGUGUCAGUUGGUUGCAUGGACGAAGUUCUUCCUUGAACCUUGCAUCGAAACUGAUACCGAUCUCAUUCCACCGUCGGAUUGGUCGCGAAUUUUGCACAAAUUAGUUGCAGCUACUGGAUUCUUUGAUGCACCACUGGUUGAAGCAGUGAUGGCAAAAGUACCUAAUCUGAGCGAUAAGCGUCGUCGGCAGGUUCGGCGGAUUAUGGACAUCAGCUUAUCUGAAUCAUUGUGCGCUGUAGAUGAUUCAAUGAGUGUCCGAACACUCGAAGAUCUUCAGCGACUCAUCCGAAAAGGCACUGCAUUGACAACGGCAGAGCCACCAGGAGACGGCUUUGUGUUGUGUGACUCAGAGGAAUGGUGUUCGAUGCCGUUGGGAUUUCUGCCAGGUGGAUCGGUAGACACAUUCUCGCUUAUAAUUGACGACGAUUGGAUCCUCGCUCAAUCUCGACGAAAAGAUCGCGAUUUGAGCGUCAUUGAAGAGGACGAAUGA